CGUCAUCGGACGAGGAAGGCUACCAUGCAUGGCAGACCAAGGCCACAUGCCGUACACGCGGGCGACAAUAGCCGAGGUGCAGAGAGUAGCGGACAUUGUGCCUCUGAGCCUGCCACACAGAACGACCGCCGAGUUACAGCUAGAAGGCUACGUCAUCCCCGCCGGUACGAUGAUCAUUGCUAACCUCACGGCCAUCCUGAACGACCCGAAACACUUCCCCGAACCGGAAAAGUUCCGCCCGGAGCGCCACCUGGACGAGCGUGGAGACUUUGUGCAGAACGAAGCGCUGAUCCCGUUCUCUAUUGGUCGUCGCGUCUGUCUGGGAGAGGCUCUCGCGAGAGCGGAGCUGUUCAUAUUCUUCACAAGCAUUCUGCAGAACUUCGACAUCAGACUACCAGAUGGCGUUACUGAUCCGUCUAUGCAUGGAAACUUCGGCUUCGUGUGGAUGGCAAAUCCGUAUCUGUUGCAUUGUGUCGCACGACAGUAAUCCACAAUGAUGUCAAAACCUCACGCCGUACGAGUGAUAACGUCUGGAACU